UGAUAUUGACAAAAUGUACCAGUGGGCUGAGGAUGACGGUGAUCUGCCACUUGGGGUUGGUCGACUGGAUCUCUCUGAGCCGGUCAGUGGUAGGCGAUAUGUCAUGUACCACGGCACCACCAGUCAGGCUGCUCGGUCCAUCAUGGCCACAGGUUUUCAGCAGUCUGCAGGCGGGAUGCUCGGCCCCGGUGUCUACCUCAGCAGAGUCCUGGAUAAAGCCAGCCGCUACCCCAUCAAACAUCCUGAGCACGACAGGGUCGUCAUUAAGGUCGUGGUCAAUGUGGGGAGAGUGAUCGCCAUCAAUUAUCAGGGCCACCCGCGUCAGAAGACCUGGCACGACUACAGAUACGGCGAGGUGUUUGACACCGCCUGGGUGCCACCCAGAUGUGGAAUGGUGUCAAGCGGUUUGGAGGAGGAUUGUGUCUGGGAUCCCAAUCGAAUCCAGAUCAUUAGUGCCAUCAAACCACGCCCUAUGCAGCCUUCUGCUGGAUACGGUGCAUACGGCUACAUGCUGCAAGUGAAUAUUAAUGAAAUGACACAUUACAGCUUCCACAUGUUACAGAGCCUGGAGACACGAGGUCACCAAACAAGUGACCUCACGGCGUGCACCACUGGAGAGAGCAGACGAGAGAAUAGUGACAGUAAUCCAGACAUCAUCAUGCAGUGGGCUGAAAAUGACUUUGACCUGCCCCCUGGGGUCGUUCGACUCGGUCUCUCUGCGCCAGUUAAUGGUAAAAAGUACGUCAUGUACCACGGCACCACCAGUCAGGCUGCUCGGUCCAUCAUGGCCAAAGGUUUUCAGCAGUCUUCAGGUGGGAUGCUCGGGCCCGGCGUCUACCUCAGCAGAGACCUGAAUAAAGCCAGCCGCUAUCCCAUCGAUCAUCCUGAGCAUGACAGGGUCGUCAUUAAGGUCGUGGUCAAUGUGGGGAGAGUGAUCGCCAUCAAUCGUCAGGGCCACCCACGCCAGAAAACCUGGCAUGACUCCAGAUAUGGGGAGGUGUUUGACACCGCCUGGGUGCCACCAAAUUGUGGAAUGGUGCCAAGUGGUUUGGAGGAGGAUUGUGUCUGGGAUCCCAGUCGAAUCAAGAUCAAUGGUGCCAUCAAACCAAGUGCCCCAGCCCAGGGUGGAUGGGGUGCACGAGGCUACAUGAAGUCAGAGAGAGAAGUCGUGGAAGAACUCUCAGAGAGUGAUACUGACACCAGCAUGCCGUACCAGUGGGCUGAGGAUGAUGGUGGUCUGCCGUAUGGCGUCACUCAACUUGGUCUCUCUCAGCCGGUCAGUGGUAAAAGGUACGUCAUGUACCACGGCACCACCAGGCAGGCUGCUCAAUCCAUCCAGGCAACAGGUUUUGGUCGGUCUACGGAUGGGAUGCUCGGCCCUGGAGUCUACCUCAGCAGAGACCUGGAUAAAGCCAGCCGCUAUCCCAUUGGUCACCCUGAGUAUGACAGGGUCGUCAUUAAGGUCGUGGUCAAUGUGGGGAAAGUGAUCGCCAUCAAUCGUCAGGGCCACCCACGCCAGAAAACCUGGCAUGAUUCCAGAUAUGGGGAGGUGUUUGACACCGCGUGGGUGCCACCCAGAUGUGGAAUGGUGUCAAGCGGUUCGGAGGAGAAUUGCGUCUGGGAUCCCAGUCGAAUCCAGAUCAUCAAAAUCAUCCAGCCAAUGCAGACAUCAAACACCUCAAUCGAAGGUGCUGGACUGGCUGCGGUGGCUACUGCAGGAAUCUUUGGUGCUGCUGCAGCCUUAUUGUUUGCAGCUUUAGGUAAAAACUAAAUGACAUCCCUAUGUGUUAUCUUUUCCCUGAUCAUUCCCUGUCUAGUCAUACUGAAGCAGUGUGAUGAGUGUUUUUUGUAUUUAAAGAGGUUCUCCUCUGAAAUGUCUGGUUCUGCACAAGUGCACUUACCACUAAUAAAAAUGUUACCGAUGCAACACAA